GGUUGGUAAUUGAGUUUCAGUUGCACGGCAAAAGAAACGUGCAUGUCCACCGCCUGCAUGUCGUGGCGCUAAAUCAGCCCGUACCCACAGCCGCGCCAUUUUGCCGUGAGACGAUGUUGCACAGUGUGAAGGCAGAGGAUAUAGAUAGCCUCAUCCUCCCCAAUUCACUCGCAAAAUCUAUAGUACGUAUAUCAGAGACUUUUUCAACAAAAGCAAUAUUCUUCCCAUACAAACCCAAACACAACCGCGAAAAUGGUCCUCAAGGUUUACGGCGCGAAGCGCUCGACUUGCACUCAGCGUGUCCUCACCGCUCUGUACGAGAAAGGCGUUCCUUACGAGCUGAUCACCAUUGAUUUCUCCAAGGCUGAGAACAAGUCCGAAAAGUACAUGAAGCUGCAGCCAUUUGGCAAGAUUCCGGUCCUCGACGACGAUGGAUUCAUCUUGUUCGAGAGCAGAGCCAUUGCCAAGUACAUCGCGAAGAAGUACGCUGGCCAGGGAACUUCACUGAUACCUGCUGAGGAUGACUUGAAGGCGUAUGGAUUGUUUGAGCAGGCGUGCUCACUGGAGCAGUUCUACUUCGACCCACCCACGGCUGGAAUCGCCUUUGAAAAAGUUUUCAAGGGAUGGAAAGGAAUGGGAGGACCCGAUGAUGCACAGGUCGCCAAACACGCCGCCCAACUCGAUACCACGCUGGCUGUUUAUGAAGGAAUCCUCUCAAAGCAAAAGUAUCUGGCGGGAGAUGAGGUGACCCUUGCUGACCUUUUCCACGUUCCAUACGGUCUAAUUGCGAGAGACUGUGGUUAUCUCAGUACCUUCGAGAAAUAUCCUCAUGUCGCGAAGUGGUUUGACGCAAUGCUGGCGAGGGAGAGCUGGAAGAAAGUGACCUCCGUAGAUUAACUUCUUUCUCGCACUGGGGGGAAACAGGGGACUGGACAUGAACCACAAGUAAAGAAUCACCAGUCAAACAAGCCUACACAUGAAACAAUAAAUUGGUGAAAGAAUGAAAGU